CUUCCUGCCGCCCGCGCCGCCCGCCCGCCGCCCGCCCGCCGCCCGCGCCCGCCGCCCGCGCCUCGCCUUCCGGCGCCCCCGAAGGUGCCCCCGGCCGGGCCGGGUCGUCGCCCCGCCCGCCGCCCCGCGAGCCGCUUUGUCUCGGGCGGGGCGUGCGGGCGGGAGAGGCCGCCAGGUGCCCCCCGCCGCGGGCCCGGGCCCCCCGCCCCGGGGCGGCGGCGGUGGCGCCGGGCCCCGGGGCGGGGGGCGCGCCGGGAUGGGCCCCAAGCGGCGGCAGCUGACGUUCCGGGAGAAGUCGCGGAUCAUCCAGGAGGUGGAGGAGAACCCGGACCUGCGUAAGGGCGAGAUCGCGCGGCGCUUCAACAUCCCGCCGUCCACGCUGAGCACCAUCCUCAAGAACAAGCGGGCCAUCCUGGCGUCGGAGCGCAAGUACGGGGUGGCCUCCACCUGCCGCAAGACCAACAAGCUGUCGCCCUACGACAAGCUCGAGGGGCUGCUCAUCGCCUGGUUCCAGCAGAUCCGCGCCGCCGGCCUGCCCGUCAAGGGCAUCAUCCUCAAGGAGAAGGCGCUGCGCAUCGCCGAGGAGCUGGGCAUGGACGACUUCACCGCCUCCAACGGCUGGCUGGACCGCUUCCGCCGGCGCCACGGCGUGGUGUCCUGCAGCGGCGUGGCCCGCGCCCGCGCGCGCGGCGCCGGCGCCCGGCCCCCGGCGGCGCCCGCCAGCCCGCCCGCCGUGCCCUCGGAGGGCGGCGGCGGGGGCACGACGGGCUGGCGCGCGCUGGAGGAGCAGCCGCCGUCCGUGGCCGAGGGCUACGCCUCGCAGGACGUGUUCAGCGCCAUCGAGACCAGCCUCUGGUACGACUUCCUGCCCGACCAGGCCGCGGGGCUGUGCGGCGGCGACGGGCGGGCGCGCCGGGCCACCCAGCGGCUGAGCGUCCUGCUGUGCGCCAACGCCGACGGCAGCGAGAAGCUGCCCCCGCUCGUGGCCGGCAAGUCGGCCAAGCCCCGCGCGGGCCAGGCGGGGCUGCCCUGCGACUACACCGCCAACUCCAAGGGGGGCGUCACCACGCAGGCGCUGGCCAAGUACCUGAAGGCCCUGGACACCCGCAUGGCCGCGGAGUCGCGCCGCGUCCUGCUGCUCGCCGGCCGCCUGGCCGCCCAGUCCCUGGACACCUCGGGGCUGCGGCACGUGCAGCUGGCCUUCUUCCCGCCGGGCACCGUGCAGCCGCUGGAGCGGGGCGUGGUGCAGCAGGUGAAGGGCCACUACCGCCAGGCCAUGCUGCUCAAGGCCAUGGCCGCCCUGGAGGGCCAGGAUCGCUCGGGCCUGCAGCUGGGCCUCAUGGAGGCCUUGCACUUCGUGGCCGCGGCCUGGCAGGCCGUGGAGCCCGCGGACAUCGCUGCCUGCUUUCGGGAAGCCGGCUUCGGGGGCGGCCCCAAUGCCACCAUCACCACUGCCCUCAAGAGCGAGGGGGAGGAGGAGGAGGAGGAGGACGAGGAGGAGGAGGAGGAGGAAGAGGAGGAGGAGGGGGAAGGCGGGGAGGAGGAGGAGGAGGAGGAGGAAGAGGAGGAGGGGGAGGAGGAGGAGGAAGGGGGCGUCGGGGAGGAGCUGGGGGAGGAGGAGGAGGUGGAGGAGGAGGGCGAGGAGGACAGCGAGGAGGACGAGGACGAGGAGGAGGAGGAGAGCUCCUCCGAGGGCCUGGAGGCCGAGGACUGGGCGCAGGGCGUGGUGGAGGCGGGGGGCAGCUUCGGGGGCUACGGUGCCCAGGAGGAGGCGCAGUGCCCCACCCUCCACUUCCUGGAAGGCGAGGAGGACUCGGAGUCGGACAGUGAGGAGGAGGACGAGGAGGAGGAGGACGAGGACGACGAAGACGAGGACGAGGAGGACGGCGACGAGGUGCCCGUGCCCAGCUUCGGGGAGGCCAUGGCCUACUUUGCGAUGGUCAAGCGGUACCUGACCUCCUUCCCCAUCGACGACCGUGUGCAGAGCCACAUCCUCCACUUGGAACACGAUCUGAUCCAUGUGACCAGAAAGAACCACGCCAGGCAGGCGGGAGUUCGGGGUCUCGGACAUCAGAGCUGAGCCACGGGCCUCGCCGUGCUCCCAACCCGGAUGCGGCAGCACCGGCCCAGGGCCGAGCGAGGACUCUGGGCCACCGCUGUGGAUGGGUCAGAGUAGGGAGCCCCAGAUCCUCCAGCAAUGUCGCCCUGGCCCUGCGAUGGGCCCAGUCACCUCUCGGGCCCAGGGCUGGGGUCAGCCUCACUGCCUGCUUAUUGCCUCUUUCUCAGAAUCCUCUUUCCUCCCCAUUUGCCCCUGGGCUUGGGGGACCAGCUGGGGAGGGUGGGGGAGCUGUCCGGUGCUACCACACCAUGCCAUCAGUGGACUAGGCCACAGCCGUAGCCAGGGAUGGGCCCUGGACGCUCCUGGCCGGAGAGUGCCUCUCCCCUCUGCCGUCCACAUCAGGUCAUUGGUGGGGGGGACCCCAAAGCCAUUCUGGGAAGGGCUCCAUAGGAAGGUCCAGCCUAGGCCCCAACUAGGCUGGCAGCCCCCCACCUCCGCCCCAGGCCACCUCGAGAAGCACAGUCUAACCACAGGCUCCUGAGCCUGCCUCUGCCUGCUUCCCUACCACCCCGUUCCUUUUCUCUGGCCCAGCCCAUGUUACUUUGGCCCUUGGUCUUCUUUCCAGAUUGGAGGUUCCCAAGAGGCCCUCCAGGGGAGUGAUAAUGGGCGCUUCCCUUGUGGGCAGCUGCAGGCCCCAUGCCUCUCAUCCCUCUCUGGCAGGGCCCUAUCCUGGGCAGGGGGCCUGGGGCUGGGCCCAGAGUCCAGCCAUCCAGUUGCUCCUUUCCUAGUCUGAAUUCAAUAAAUCCGCUCACCCCCCUUUUGUGGGGGGUGAACGUUUUAACAGCCAA